AUGGCCCUGGCUUUAGGAGCACUUUGGGCUUGGGACGCCUACGAGAAAGCUCUUUCAUUAUACUUCUCGAAGAAGUACAAAACGAUCGCCCUACCAAAGGUACUCACAUAUUCCUCUACCGAUGUGAGCAUCAUAGUUCCAACAAUCGACACUGAGUCAACCUUUACCGAAUGCGUGCGUCUCUGGCUCAAGAGUAAUCCCCGCGAGAUCAUCAUUGUCACUGUACCGCGAUGCAAGGCCCACGUUGAGCAGCUAGUUAUGCCGAUACACGAAUUCAAGGACAAGAUCACCAUCCUGACUGCGCCUCUUGCCAACAAGCGCCAUCAACUGAUGGUCGGGGCCAAGGCUGCCAGUGGCAAGAUACACGCUUUGGUCGAUGACGAUGCCUACUGGCCCGCUGACACUGUGAUUCCACACCUCCUGGCUCCCUUCGAGGAUGACAGGGUUGGUGCGGCUGCGGGUCUUCAAAGUGCCGAGAUCCCACUAGAGCGCCAAGAUUCCAAUGUAAUCACAAUCUGGGAAGCAGCUGCUGCUCUCGAUAUGUUCAAUAUGAAAACACUUCAGGCCAUGCGCUUCGCAGCGGAUGGAGGCUGCUGGGCCCUAGUUGGACGCACGCUGUUCGUUCGUGCUACUAUUCUCCAAGACCAGCAGUUCGUAGAUGCCUUUACGCAUCAGCUCAUUGGCCAGAGGAUCGUAAACGGAGCGGAUGACGUCUUUGUGACCGAGUGGGUAUUCGACCAUGGUUGGAAGGUCUCCAUUCAAAAUUCACCCGAGUCUGAAAUCACGACCAACGUCAAGCAAGAUCACAAGUUUGCGUGGCAGGUACUUCGUUGGGAGAGGGGGAACAUUCGCUCUUUCCUUGCCCGUAUCUUUGUGUACCCUGGCUAUCGGGUCUCUGACAGCUUAAAAAAUAGGAUGGCUUACGUGCUCUGGAUGAUGUUCGGAUGGGGUGGAUGGGUCUCAGGAUACGGAGCAUUCCUCCAAAGAUACCCAUAUUGCAUACGCACAAUCUGGGCACUGUUCCUCAUGGACAACUUUGCUCCUAUCGUCGACAUAUACGCGUACUUCACUAUGAACAACGACAGUUGGUUGACUAGAGCAGCUGCAUAG